GGUCGGCUUAGACCAUGACGGAUAUUGUGAAACAGAUCCUGACAAGGCCAAUACAAUUGGCAGACCUCGUAACCAAGGCCGCGGAUGAAGCACAAUCUUUCAAACAAGACUGCCAAGAGCUCAAAGCCAAAACCGAGAAGCUAUCAGGGCUCCUCCGUCAAGCUGCACGUGCGAGCAACGACCUUUACGAACGACCAACGCGAAGAAUCAUCGAUGAUACCGAGCAAGUCCUGGACAAGGCCUUAGCUCUUGUCAUCAAGUGCCGUGCAAGUGGUAUCAUGAAGCGAGUUUUCACCAUUAUCCCUGCGGCAGCCUUUAGGAAAACAUCAAUGCAACUCGAGAAUUCUAUAGGAGAUGUUUCGUGGCUCUUGCGAGUGUCAGCCUCGGUUGAUGAUCGUGAUGAUGAAUAUCUCGGUCUUCCUCCCAUUGCAGCAAACGAACCAAUAUUGUGUCUUAUAUGGGAACAGAUUGCCAUUCUUUAUACAGGUUCAUUGGAUGAACGAUCUGAUGCUUCUGCUUCUUUGGUUUCUUUGGCUCGAGACAAUGAUCGAUAUGGUAAGCUGAUCAUACAGGAAGGAGGGGUCCCUCCUUUAUUAAAGUUGGCAAAGGAAGGCAAACCGGAAGGUCAGGUAAAUGCAGCAAGGGCAAUUGGGUUGCUGGGACGUGACCCGGAAAGUGUCGAACAGAUUGUCAAUGCAGGUGUUUGUUCAGUGUUUGCGAAAAUCCUCAAAGACGGUAACAUGAAGGUUCAAUCUGUGGUGGCUUGGGCUGUAUCAGAAUUGGCUGCGCAUCACCCCAAAUGCCAAGACCAUUUUUCACAGAACAAUAUUAUUCGGUUUCUCAACAGUCAUCUCGCCUUUGAGACCGUUCAAGAGCAUAGUAAGUAUGCCAUUGUCAGUAAGCAAACGAUGUCUAUUCAUUCGGUUGUUAUGGCUAGUAAUACUCCAGAUCAAACUAAUCAAAAGGAUCACGGAGAUGAUUAUAAGCAAAUUACUACCACUACACACCCUAUGGGGAAUCAAACACCUAACCAGUUGCAAAAUGUGGUUGCUAACACUAUGGCUAUGAAAGGCCAAACUCCUGACGGUUCUAAGUCAACGCAACCACAAAAUUCUUCUACAAAUAACCACCAUGUUAACCAUCCCAAAAGCAGCCAGCAAAGUGCCAAGUCACACCAGAAUCAUCAUCAACACCAUCCACAACAUGUUUCAUUAGCUGGAACUAGCAUUAAGGGAAGGGAGUUUGAAGACCCAGUGACCAAAGCAGAAAUGAAGGCAAUGGCGGCAAGAGCACUCUGGCAGCUUUGCAAGGGAAAUCUUGCUAUAUGUCAUAGCAUUACGGAAUCAAGAGCUCUAUUGUGCUUUGCAAUUUUGUUAGAGAAGGGCGCCGAUGAUGUACAGUCCUAUUCAGCCAUGGCAUUAAUGGAAAUCACGGCUGUAGCUGAGCAAAAUGCUGAAUUGAGACGCUCUUCUUUCAAGCCUACUUCCCCUGCUGCCAAAGCUGUUGUGGAGCAGUUACUCAAAGUCAUAGAAAAGGGAGACUCAGACCUUCUUGUGCCUUGCAUCAAAGCUAUUGGAAACUUGGCCAGGACUUUCCGAGCAACUGAAACAAGGAUUAUUGGGCCAUUGGUGAAACUGCUUGAUGAAAGGGAAGCCGAUAUUUCUAUGGAAGCUGCCAUUGCCCUUAACAAGUUCGCAACACCUGAAAACUACCUCCAUGUUACUCAUUCCAAAGCCAUCAUCAGUGCAGGAGGCGCCAAGCAUUUAAUUCAACUGGUUUACUUUGGUGAACAAAUGGUUCAGUAUCCUUCAUUGAUCCUACUGUGUUACCUCGCGUUCAAUGUUCCAGACAGUGAGACCCUUGCACAAGAAGAGGUGCUUAUAGUACUCGAGUGGGCAUCAAAGCAAGCUCAUCUAUCUGAAGAUCAUAAUAUUGUUUCAUUAUUGCCAGAAGCCAAAAGUAGAUUGGAACUCUAUCAAUCAAGGGGUUCAAGAGGAUUCCAUUAACUUUAUCAUUUUGUGCAAGAUUUUCUGAAAUAGUUCAGUUUUGUAAGUUUAUUCACCCUAAUGAAUUGUAUAUAAAUUAGCAUUGAUGUCAACACUGCUAUGGUAGUCAUGUAGGAGACACUAAUGGCUAAUAGGCUAUUUCUCAUGCUUCUUACCCUCACUCUCUUCGUUUUCUCCUUUGUUAGUCUUGUCUGGUAUCUUUGCUACCGGCGUCGCCUAUCAUCAUCAGCUCGGUACUGGCAUUGAAAUUUUGCAGUUAGCAUUAUUGCUGGUAGCUUUACAGUUUAUAGUAGCAUGGCUCUUUAAACAGUGUGGUUGGCAAACUCUGUCUAGGUCAUAAGGCUCAUAAGUCAUUACUGACAUCAAAAACAUGCCUUAUUCUGGAUAGCUGAGAUUUCCAAAAAUUUGGUACGUAAUCUCAGUCUCCAAUACAUGAUCUCAAGUCAUUACUCAAAGCACAUUUUACAUGAUGAUAUAAUUUAAUUGAAACAAUUUCAAAUGCUGCUUCUCCUGCACCAUUUUUUUUCUUUCUCUGAUUAUUAGCAUUACACUGUUCAUGAACAUAUGAAGAUGACCUUCCUUUCCGUGCUUUUUGAAAUGUGUCGCUUCAACUUAGAACCAGUUCUGUUCUUCAGCUAUUGAAGAGGGUUUGCAUUUUGAUUUUUGAGUAACUGCUUCUGGGUCAAUGAACAGAACAUGCUGGCCAAGUUUGUCAAUCACUUUACUUUGAAUUUGCUCAUGAAAAAAAGAUGUGGGUCAUGCGGAACCAUGUUGCAUUCAUUUUUGAAAGAUGCUAGCUAGUUCCUUCUACAUUUUCAUGUGAGACCAAAAUUCAUGAUGAUUAAUGGACAACAUGUACACGAUAAGGAAAGAACUUGAACAUCUGCAGUUCCUCAUGCAUAUCCAAACAAAGUUCCUGUUUU